CAGGUGGCAUGGAGGCCUUCCAGGCGGCCAUGGUGCUGGGGGCCGUGGGGGACGCGCUGGGAUAUGGGCACAGCCGCGAAGGGUGGACCUGUCCUGAGGAGCCCCCGGGGGGCCUGGACGCCUGGGUCCCUGCUCCCUGCGCCGUGAGCCACAACACCGUGAUGCACAUGGCCACAGCCUCGGCACUCACCACAGAGUACAGCUGUCUGGCUGACCUGUACCGGGAGAUGGUGCAACGCUACGUGCACAUCCUGCAGGAGCCCCUGGAGAUCCCCGCCGACCCAAGCUCCCAGGAAGGCCCCACGCCAAGGUCCGACGGCUACCUCCUGGCCUGGCACACGCCGUCCAAUGAGAAGGGCUCGGGCUUUGGUGCGGCCACCAAGGCCAUGUGUGUUGGCAUGCGUUACUGGACGCCUGGGCAGCUGGCCACACUGGUGGAAGUGAGCUUGGAGUGUGGACGCAUGACCCACAGCCACCCCACAGGCUUCCUGGGGUCUCUGUGCACGGCCUUGUUUGCCUCGUACGCACUGCAGGGGAAGCCGCUGGAGCUCUGGGGCCGAGACAUGCUGGGGACACUGCCGCUGGCCGAGGACCACUGCAGGAGGACACUCCCAAACCUGGAGGAGUCUCGGGAGCACUGGUUCUACUUUGAAGCCAAGUGGCAGUUCUACCUGGAAGAGCGAGGAGUCGGCAGGGACACGGGGAGCAGAGCCACAUUCCCCGCCAGCUACAAUGCCCAGGACAGGGAUAAGACAUACAGGAAGUGGAGCUCGGAGGGCCGAGGGGGCCAGGGGGGCCAUGAUGCUCCCAUGAUCGCCUAUGACGCCCUCCUGGGCGCUGGGGACAGCUGGACAGAGCUCUGCCGCCGAGCCAUGUUUCACAGAGGUGAGAGCGGGGCCACAGGUUGCAUCGCGGGCUGCCUGUUUGGGCUCCUGCACGGCCAGGCCACUGUCCCCGCCGGCCUGUGCGGAGCGCUGGAGCAGCGGGCAGAGCUGGAACGGCUGGGGGCAGCCCUGCACCGCCUGUCCACACAGAGAGGGCACACAGAGGGCCCUGCACCACCUCUCCACAGCCCCCCAGCUGGCCAGACGGGCAGCGCCGGGAGACGCACGGACACCCAGACCCUGGCACGACAGCUGGACCGGGCGGCCUGGGCCCCUGCCCCCCACGCUGUGCUCAGUGGCCUGUUUCUCUACAUGACUGGCCUGGAGGCCGGGCCACGGGGGUCCCAGGACAGGGCCAGGCGAAUGCCCCCCACCCCAGGACCCCCCGACGCCCGCAGGCCCACCCGCUUCCAGCUGCUGCAAGCCAAGUUCUUGGGCCCUGGUCGGGAGCCCCCCCUCAAGAGGACGCGGGAGGUGGGACGUCUCAUCAGCCGGGACCGUGGGCGGGUGACAGCACCCCCCCACAGGCCACUGGACGGAGGUCCGGGGGGCAGGGAGCCCGCCCGCGGGGACCGGCCAGCCAGGGGCACUGUCAGGGACAUGGUGCGCUUAUUCCUGGCCGCUGGGCAGCGGGAGGGGGCUGCCGGGGGACCGGGGGCCCUGGGGGCUCGGGUGGGGGGCCCGGGGACUCGGGCGGGGGGCCCAGGGGGGCGGCGGGUAGUGGCCAGGCUGCGGGAGAAGUUUGAGCAGAGCGGGCUGGUCGCAGAGGCCAGUGUGACCCCACCAAGGAGGCCGGGGCCCAGCCAGCCACCCAUGGCUGCCCCUCACCCCCGGACACCCCCAGGCCCCCUCCCUGUCUGCCAGCCCCCACCCGCCCGUGGGCACCCCCUAGGCCUGAAGCCAGUGCCCCCAUCAAGCCCUUCACUGGCUGCUGUGUCCCCGGCCCCCGCAAGCAAGGCCCCCCCAGAAGCUGCCGUUCCCACCAGGGGGGCCCUGCGCACCCCAGAGCCCAUGCCACCAGUCAGCCCUGAGGACACCAUGGACUCCCAGGCAGGGGUCACACCCAGUGACUCCCAGGGGGUCCAGGGGGCAGAGGAGGAUCCUGAGGUCAUCCGGGGGUCAGGGGAGGGACUUCAGACCAUCAGGGAAGCAGGAAAUGGCCCUGUGGCCACCUGGGGGGCAUGGGAGAGUUUUCAGGUCACCCAGAGGGGAGGGGAGGGCCCUGGGGUCACCCAGGGGGGCUGCAGGUAUGAAGAGGACAUGCUGGGGGCCCCCACCACCCGGCGAGGCCCCUGCUUUGCACCCCAGAGGAGUCUCUCAGAGCAGAAGGCCUUGGAGCUGCCGCCCUGCAACCUCCCACCACCAGCCCAGGCCACCUGGGCCGUGCAGCCAGCCAUGGACCCCCCGCAGGUCAUCACCAGGUUCCCCGUGGUCCACGAAAUGCCAGUACACCCUGCCAGGCAGCACCCCAGCACGCACAGUGAGGACAAGCACCCGUGGGUGCUCAGAGCAGAGUCUGCUCCAGCCAUACCACCCAUCCCAGAGAAGGGGAGGGCCGCAGCCUUGGUGGGGGGCCACACACCUGCCGGGGCACCUGCAGGUCCCAACGUAACUUCCAGGAUGUCUUUGAGCCCCAGUACACCUGCUGGGGAUUCUGUAAGACCCAGCACACCUGUUGUGCCAUCCAUGGCCAACAGAACACCUGCAGCUUCCAGAGCACCUAUGGCACCCAGCACACCAGACGGGGCACCUGCAGCUCCCAGAGCACCUAACGGGGCACCUGUGGCACCCAGCACACCUGACAGGGCACCUGCAGCUCCCAGAGCACCUGACAGGGCACCUAUGGCUGCCAGCGCACCUGACAGGGCACCUAUGGCUGCCAGCGCACCUGACGGGGCACCUGCGGCUCCCAGAGCACCUGACGUGGCACCUGCGGCUCCCAGAGCACCUGACAGGGCACCUAUGGCACCCAGCACACCUGACGGGGCACCUGCGGCUCCCAGCGCACCUGACGGGGCACCUGCGGCUGCCAGCGCACCUGACGGGGCACCUGCGGCUGCCAGCGCACCUGACGGGGCACCUGCGGCUGCCAGCGCACCUGACGGGGCACCUGCGGCUCCCAGAGCACCUGACGGGGCACCUGCGGCUCCCAGCGCACCUGACGGGGCACCUGCGGCUGCCAGCGCACCUGACGGGGCACCUGCGGCUGCCAGUGCACCUGACGGGGCACCUGCGGCUCCCAGAGCACCUGACGGGGCACCUGAGGCUCCCAGAGCACCUGAUGGGGCACCUGUGGCUCCCAGCACACCUGACGGGGCACCUGUGCCCCCCAGAACAUUUGACAGGACACCUAUGGUCUCCAGCACACCUGAUGGGACACCUGAGGCCCCCAGCACACCUGACAGGGCACCACCUGCAGCCCCCAGCACACCUGAUUGGGCACCUGCAGCCCCCAGCACACCAGACAGCGCACCUGCGGCCCCCAGCACACCUGACAGGGCACCUGUGGCCCCCAGCACACCUGAUUGGGCACCUGCAGCUCCCAGCACACCUGAUGGGGCACCUGUGGCUCUCAGAAUACCUGCAAAGCUACCUGUGGCCUCCAACACACCUGCAAGGGCACCAGUGGCCCCCCUCACAGCUGCUGAGGAAAUUGAGGGGUUCAGCACACCUGCUAGGAUGCCCUUGGGCCCUAGCACACCAGUCAGGGCACCUGUGGGGCCCAGCACACCUGUAGGGGCACCCUCAGAGCCCAGUGUACCUGACAGAGAACCUGUGGAUAUCAGAACACCUUCCAGGGAAGCUGAGGGAUUCAGCACACCUACCAGGGCACCUGUGGGGGCCAAACUCUCAUCUCUGCCUGGCUUGUGGGCAGACCCAAGCAUCCAUCUGUGGCCAGGGCCUCCUCUCGCCAGUGGGGAUGUCCCGGUCAUGCAGGGUGAUUGUGCUGGAGGGACAGCAAGCCCACAUGGCCGGGGCCCCCAGGACACACUAAGGGGAGGGAAGGACCCCCUAGAAGGUGACCUGGAGCUUGAGGCCAGGAGGCCGUGGAGAGGAGCCUGGGGAGCCCCGAGCAUGGAAGGUGUCUGGCCCCGGGAGCCCCUGACAUCUGAAGGCCGUCGGCGAGGAUCCCCCGAUGGCACCUCCAGUGAGCAGACGUGGUCCCCCGGUGGGGACAGCGCUUCUGGGGUCACCAGCCUGAGGGGGGCACUAGCCAGGCAAGGCUCAAGCUCAGACAGUGGGGCCUCCCUGGACAAACAGACCCCAUGGGGACCAAAAGGAGGGGUGUCCCUCCCCACAGGCCUCCAUGCUGGUGGGCAGGACCUCAGCAAAUGCAGGCCUGCCUCCAGGGAGCACCCCGGGCCAGGCAACAGGGCCCCCAGGCAGGGCCUGGCUGUGGUAGAUAACCUCACAGUGACGUCCCCAGGCAGCACCCAGAAACUAUCAAACAGAGGGACAGGUGAGAGGGACAGGCAGGACAAGGCGCUGGACUUGUCACCACGUCAGCACCAGGAGAGAGGGCCCCCCCUUCCUGAGCCUGGCCACCGGCCCCCCGCCCCCCGGGAGCCCUCACAGCCUGGCCGAGAGCCGCGUCCAGCCCCCAGGCCCCAGCCCCUGACCACACCCACGAAGGCCAGCACCGGAACUCAGGGUUCACGAUGUGACCCUCAGGGACCCGGGCUGGCAGCGAGUAGGCCUGGGGGCCCUGCUGGAUGGACAGAAGCUGUGACCCAGCCAGGAGCCCCCUGUGGGGGUGACAUGAGACCCCCCACCCCACCCCAGGGUGGCCCCCUGCCCCAAGGAAGCUGUGCUGGGGAGACCCUGAGCCUCAGUCUGGAGAAGCCGCUGCCACCCUCCACCCUGCAGCCGGCCCAGCUCAAGAAGGCCACCGUGUCCCUAAAGCCACGUCCCCUGGGAGGCACUGAAGUGCCUCACCAGCCUCCCCCGGGGACCUUGUUGGCAGCAGAGGGGCAGAAGGGGGACAGGGUGUCCCCAGAGCCCUCUCCAUGAGAGCCUGCUGCUCAUGCCCUCCUCACGGGCCAGCAUCCCCAAGGAAGAUGGGGUCAGAGAGAAGCUGCAGCCUGGGCCAGGCCCCGGGGCCCAGGGCAGAGGGCAGGGGCAGGGGCAGGGCUGGGGCAGGCCCUGGAGGAAGGGGGCAGACCCUCAGUGUCACACUGCCAACUUGAAUACCACCCGGCCCCCCGAAGAUGGGGCAGCCCGACCUCAGAGUCAGAGCCAGCACUGCAGGGGCGAUCUGAAGCAGUGGCCUCCAGGGUGGGGGGAGAGGGGCCUGGAGGGGCCCACCCCGCAACUCGGGGGCCCGGUGGAGGGCCCUGCACUCAGAGACAGCCCGGGGGGCCUGACCCAGGCAGGCAGAGUGACACCCCCUCACAGGGCACAACCCACGGGCGGCUCUGUGGUGACAGCGGCUGUGUCCACAGAGGGUGACGGCCUCAGAGAGCACAGGAUGCCGGACCUGGGGGGUGGUCGGGGGGCACUGGGAGGAGCCCCGGGCCUAGCGACCUCUGUCCCCAAGCCAGCCCCCGGCUCCACGGUGCCCACACCUGAGUCUGGUGGCCAGACCUCCUGUGUCCCCUCCCAGGAGGGACCUCCCAGUGUCCCCAGCGCCAGGACCAAUGCUUGGGAGUAUAGACACCAUAGAAGGCCAGCCCCCCCAGAAAAGUACAAAGCCCAGAGCUUCAGAGACCAGAGGGCCUUCGAGCUGUCCUUCAGACACACCGUCGUCAGAGGCCCCGACACAUCCCAGCCUCCCCAGUGACACCACGUCCCAGCCACGUCCCACCAUGGCAUUCUGGGGUUCCCGUCCCAGCCACGUCCCACCACGGCAUUCUGGGGUUCCCUGUCCACAGGAGCACCUCUGAAGGGUCAUCAGAGACAAGAGGGGGUCUUCCCAGGGUCACGGGAGGAUUGGAGUAGUGGGAGGUAGCUGGUGACUAAGCAGUGCAUCCCACUGACCCAGGACAGGACGGUGGAACUCUGCUGCUGGUGUGGCGCAGAGCGGAGGCCUGGCCUCGCUACACUGUGACACUUGGUGGCACAGCUGAUGCAUCGCCAGGAAGGGCUGAUAACUGCGGACACACCGCCAUGGUACACCGGGACACUGCACGCGCGGCACAUUUGCAGCGUGUAAUGAGACAUUGUGGUUCGUAGCAGAGACGUUGUUGACAUACACUAGAUGCCUGGUGGUGUGUGAUGGGUACAUUGUGAAACAUGGUUGCUGUUGUGAUUAAAAAAUAAGGACUUUG